AUGCAAUUCACAUACCUCGUCCAGGCCCUGUUCGUCGUCGUCGCCGUAGCUGCGCCAGCUCCUCGAGGCGGUGACAUUCCCGCUGGCAUCUUCCCAUCUGGUGCAUGGCCAACCGGUGGCCUAGGCCCUACUGGCACAAACAUUGCCUGGCGAACCAGCACCGGCAUUCCCUACCCACCCGGCACCGGCAUGCACUAUCCAACUGGCACCAGCAGUGGCCUAGGCCCUACAAACAUUGCCUGGCCAACCGGCACCGGCAUUCCCUACCCACCCGGCACCGGCAUGCACUAUCCAACUGGCACCAGCAGUGGCCAAGGCCCUACUGGCGCAAACAUUGCCUGGCCAACCGGCACCGGCAUUCCCUAUCCAACCGGCACCGGCAGUGGCCACGACCACCAAACCAGUAUUCCCUAUCCAACUGGCACCGGCAGUGGCCACGACCACCAAACCACCACCCAGACCCGCUUCCUAACCCGCACCAUCACCCGCACCCGCACUGGUGAGGCUGAGGCCACUGGCUCGCCUACUUCGCCAUGA